CCGAGUGCGCGUUUAUUGUGAUGAUGUUGAUAGGGAAUAAUAGACACAUGUGUGUAUCCCUUCACCAUCCAUCCCCUCGCCCAAUUUUUCCGCAACCCCCUCCUCCGCUCUGGCACACUACCGCACACAGUGCGAAACAAAACAAAAAUUAAAUACAACCCCUUUAGAGCGACGAAAGGGGCGAAAAAUUAAAACCAAACGUCACUUGGAAAGCCGAACAACUGCCGCUCGGUUCGCAGCUGAGCGGGUACCCAGCAUAAUAACACUCCUUAACGCGACCGUUAGUUUAGUCGCAGUCUUUAGUCUCUAGCUGACGCACACACCACGUUGUGUCUCACAGCCGGGAGAGGCCGCCGCAUUUCUAUCGUUUUGCAGCCCGUUCUACAGCCUGUUGUGUGUUUUUGUGUCGUGUGUUGUUGGCGGCCGGUUUUCCGUGUUUCCGGGGUGGUUUCUUUUUGUUUUUGUUUUGUUAAGAUAUGGACAGAACCUUACCCGAAAGUUUGUGCCGUGUCUGUUUGGCUCGUGUAUCCUUUAUGUCACGCGAAACCUACGGAACACCGGACCGGUGUCCUUGCGAAAGGGUAGAAGGGCCCUGCCAGCUGAUUCGGUCGGUAUGUCUGUUGAUUGUUUAAUUGUACGCCACGGUACGAAGUGAGUGGAAUUUUGCUCGAGUGUAACUACUUUGUACUGACUAGUGAAAGUGUGCUUCACAUUCCGGCCGUUGGGAUGAAUCGUGGAAGGUGAACGGAACAGAAGAAAACAGAAGAGAAAAACACACAAUUUUUGGAAGUAAAUAGUUAAUGUGUCGUUAAAUAAAAAAGAAUAUUAAAUCCUCAAAUGUGCAAGUGAAAUAUAAAUGGUGUUUAAAAAAUUAUAAAAAAAGAAGUGAAAAAAAUAAAUCAAGUACUAAACAGAUUUGCUUAAUGCAAUAAUUGCGCUAAUUUCUUUAAACUAGUGACAUCAUCAAAGAAAUGGUUCGCCCACAUAAACGACAGCGUGUGUGUCUUGGCAGAGGAACGCUACGAAACCGAUGCUAAUGUGAUUGUUCAAAUGUGUCGCACACGCGUUGUGUUCUCACUCAUUAACGCUUCCGUUGGUGUAAUAUCGUCGCCUACUUCUCGGCUGAAGCUGACGCAGUGAAGGAGUAUUUUUCACACAUCGUCAGCAUUAACGCGCGCCGUCUCACCUGAUACAGUGGGGGAGCAACAACAAAAAAAAGGACGCGUAUCCCGCUUUUGUGUGAUUGAAUCGGUGGUGGUGUUGGGUUGUGUUUGAGGUUUGGGUUCCUGCACGUGGAACAGAUACGAGGUGCGAAGAUAGAACGAUCGGUGUGUCAUCGAUGCAGCCAGCCCUUCUUGUUGCAGCAGCAGCAUUUCCUUUGGCGAUGAUGUACCCACUUUCGGCGAUGCUUUGCUGAGACGAAACGAUGGAAUAUGGAGGACGGUGGAGCGGACCCUGAGAACAACAAUAGUAGCCACUGUGGAAUGUUAGGAAUCAGCAUGCCAUGCGAAGGAGCCGGUCAUGAUUUUAGCACCGUCCGGAAGGAGCUGGAGUACGCGAACGCGAUCGCCGCCCACUACGGUGCGACGGAAAAGGGUGAUCGCAUCAUUAGCUAUAAAAUAGAGAAUAGAAGACGAAGUGAUCACUGUAGCCGAUCGAACAGUCCAUUCCUUACACCGACCCCGACCGAACUAGACGGUCGGUGCAGUAACAGCAGUAACAAAACGGCCGGCAUCCUGCGGACAGCUCAGGACAAGAUGUCUCCCCUCUCGAUGCCUACCGGUCCGAGCGCGACCUCGACGACGGCAGCUGCUGCCGCUGCUGCCGUAGCUGCCGCCCAAGUACACCUGAAUGGAACUAUGCAAGACAUGUUAAAUCUACAGAAACUGCAAAGUCUAGCACAGCUAACGGGGGCAAGCGUUUUAGGGCCGAGUUUGGGAUUGCCAACGUCUCCCUUGCUGGGGAAUUCACCACUCAAUUUAAGCUUGUCGGGUCAAAAUCACAGCCCGCAGGUAUUGGGGUUAGGGCCGGCUGCUCCAAUUGCAGCGGCCGCACCCCAGAUGCCACAGCUGCUGCUAGCGUCGGGACAAAUAAUGCAGGGAAUCCAAGGUGCUCAGUUGCUCAUACCGACAUCUCAAGGAAUCGCCACUCAAACGAUCCUCACGAUCCCGGUCGGGCAGCAGGUGAUAUCGAACAUGAGUAGUGAGGCCCUGCUACAAUCGUUGAACUUUAAUAACUCUCUCAGCGAAACGCUUAACUCACAGGCGGCCCAAGCAGCCGCCGCUGCUGCCGCCGCUAGUGGAGGUCUUUUCGCGACUCCUCGUGACACGACCGGAUCCACUAGCAGUGGGUUGCUUUCGACACAGCUGCUAGCAUCCGCCGGCGGUCAUCCGUUGCAGCAAUCGCAACAACAUUCCCCCAAAGGUUUGCACUACGCCAACCAUCACCAUCAUCACCACCAUCACCAUGGAGAUGUGAAGUUUAAACCGAACUCCACGUCCGCUUCGGCCAGCUCGGUGUCUGGUUCGAGCUGUUUGCCCUCGGUGCACGACGCCCAUCGGCAGCAGCAUCAAUCCUCCCACUCACUGUCAUCCUCCGCCGGCUCUAACUCCCUUGGACAUGGGACUGGUGGUCGGAUGACACCCGACAUGCAUCGGACAAAGGUACAAUCUGGCGAAUCGCCGAAGCGGAUCUCGCUGGCCACAUCUUCUCCACCCGUGUCAACACUCAGCCGGCCGGCUAGUUAUGCUUCCUGCUCGUCAUCACCAUACGAAAAAUCGAUGCCCCUGAAACGUACCCUCUCGCCACCGGCCACCAUGAACUGUACCACGCCGAGCAGCAGUAGCGGCAGUGGCCAUUCCAGCAAUGGCCAUUUGCAGGUGAACGUCCACAGUGCCAUCAUCAGUGCAACGAGUCCACGCUCUCCAUCGGACAGUGCAAUCAACAGACUUGGUCUACCGAGUGGCAGCGAACUGAUCACAUCCAAGUCAAAGCUAUCACCUGCCGGUUCAUCCAGUUCUGGCCUAGCACUACCCAAGGAGCAACCGUCUACUCAUACACACUCGUCCGUCUCACCGCUACAUCAUCAUUCUUCCUCCGGGCCGUCUGCACCGGGAUCCACCGGUAGACCCGGCUCUUGCGAUCUGGAACUUAUAGAGCAGCAGCAGCAUCACCGAGCACCUUCGGUAGACGACCUGGAGCUAGACAAACCAUCCACCGUCGGCAGUAGCAGCGGUACGGUACAUCAGCUACAAAAGCGCCCGCAUCACAGUGCAGCCAGUACGCCACCGCCCAAACUAAGUCCAGCUGGUUCUGCCGGCCGAUUAUCGCACAGUGAUGACGAUGAUGAUGACGCAUCGAACCACGAAUUUCUGGAAGAGCAUCCAAAUGAGUUAACAAUCAAUCAAACUAAUUGCAACGUGGUGGACGGUAUCGAUCUGGACGACAUCAAGGAGUUCGCCAAGGCGUUCAAACUGCGGCGACUGUCGCUCGGACUCACGCAAACACAGGUCGGCCAAGCGCUGUCGGUAACCGAGGGACCUGCUUACAGCCAGAGUGCGAUCUGCAGCGCUCUUGCGGCCCAGAUGUAUUGUGCAGCGCAACUUUCAUCGCAGCAGCAGCAAAUGUUUGAAAAGUUAGACAUAACUCCCAAAAGCGCACAAAAAAUUAAACCAGUGCUUGAGCGUUGGAUGAAGGAAGCGGAAGAAAGUCAUUCAUCUAGGUACAAAUCGGGUCAAAACCAUGUGCCAGAUUUUAUCGGUGUGGAACCGUCCAAGAAGCGGAAACGAAGGACAUCCUUUACACCGCAAGCGCUCGAACUGCUAAAUGGUCACUUUGAACGAAACACACAUCCUUCCGGAACUGAAAUAACCGGCCUAGCCCAUCAGCUCGGUUACGAGCGGGAAGUCAUACGCAUCUGGUUCUGCAACAAACGCCAAGCGCUCAAAAACACCGUGCGUAUGAUGUCGAAAAGCUUCAAGAUGGAAAAUACUUAAACCGAUACGAGCAGCAGUGUGGCGCGGAACGUACACGGCUUCAUUCGCGCCAACCCAUAGCCAUAUAAAAUAAGGUGCCAUUCCGAUAUUGAAUAUGUAUACAUAUGUAGGAUACGUAGCAUGAUACUAGGAUACCGUAACGAUGUAUGGUGAGAUACUGUGAAGGCAGGAUUGUUUUAUUUGUUUUCAUAUUCUUUUGUGUUUUCGACGACCCCUCACACUGACAAAUAGCUUUGCAUCUGUACGAAACGUAUGUGUAGGAGAUUGGUAAAAUCCUUGUUAAGAAAAAUGUUUUUCUGUUUUGCGUUAUUCCGAGUUGGCGGAUGAGAACAAGGUGAAGAUAGAAUUAAAGUUUGUGUUUCAGCUAAAUGUUUUCUUAUGCUCUUUUGCUUGCAAUUAAUUUAAAUACUUUUUAAAACACUAUUUUCUAUUUUUGAUAAAAUUUUAAACACUAUUCCCUUUCAAAACCAACUAGACUUUUUGGUUAGAGGAAACAAACUUUACCAAGCGUUCAUUUUUUCGAAUAAUUGCUUCUCAUCUUGUGUGAACUCGUGAAACCAAAGUUCCUAAUCUUUAUAGUAAGACAGCCAGCACACAAACACAAGCAAAAAAAAUAAAAUAAAAGGCAAACACAUCCUUUGAAUUUUCCGCAAAAACAAAAACCCUGAACAAAUACAAAAAAUCCUACAAGAGCACCCAGGAAACUUACAAAAAAACACGAUAUAAAAUUACAGGAUAUCAAUCUGAACUUUCCCCUUUCUACCCCUGGAAGUGAUCCUCGUUGUAAAAAUAAUGCUCACAAAAACACUUUAAACGAUAACGAACCAUAGCCAUGAGUGUGUAAUAAUUGUAUAAAAAAAACCGGACAAAUCGUAACACAUACAAAUUGUGUAUAUUGUUUUGUAUCAGCAGCACAGCACAGAUUGUACAAGAAGCUCCUUUCAUCGUCUAAAUGUUUAGUGAGAACGACAUUGCGAAUAUUUUAUGCCCACAAGCAACAUUUUGUUUUGUUAAUACACAGAGAGAGAGAGAGAGAGAGACAUUUAUGUAGUGGACCGACAAGAAAAGUCAGUGCGCGAAAUUAUAGCAUCGGUUUAUUGCAACAACAAAAAAACCAAUCACCCGAUAGAACAGUUAUCGAACACACUAUAUCUCAGUGGAAAGGCAUGUAAAUGUAAAUGGAUUUAUGUUAAACGAACGUUCGUCCCGAAUUCCGUGCAACGUGAAGAAUCUAUAUCUGUUGGUAGGAAAACAAAACCAAAACUGAGUGUCAAAUAGAUUAAUGGAACAGAGGAAACACAACACAACAAUCACAGGCACACCAUAUUAGAAUGAGAGACAAAGCUAAAAGCACCGAAUAAGGUUAAGAUGUGAAUUAAACACAAAACAUACACACAAAAAGAUAUUAACAAUUUAAAAAACAAAAACCACAUCACAUGCGAACGGACAAGGGGUUGAAAUGGUCAGACAGUAAUGGAAACAGGAAAAAACAAAAACAAAAUGCAUUUAAUUCUAUCGCAAAAGAUUAAAUAAAGGAACAAGUAAAAUUUCCCCCCACACAUACACACACACACACAUUCUAACACAUACCAAUCAAAGAGGGCGAGAAUUUAUGGUACAGCCCAUUAUUAUCGUACCGUUGUCAUGGGUGACGCGAAAUAAAAGCACGGUGUACAACAGUCAUUUGGGCGGGUCGUCAUAUCAAGUCGAGCGUUAUAAUGUAAUAUUUAAGGUAUUAAAAAAACCCCCUGUACGAGAGUAAAUAAGCGAAAACUAUGAAAAAUACACUUUUGCAAUGCAACAUUUUUGUAAAA